UCCCCAGCAGCCGGAGCUGCACCAGGUCCAGACCGCGCCAGUCCCGGCCUCAGCAGGACGCCAGCAGCAGCCUCACGACAACAAACAUUUCCCCUGGCUGGACAGUGGCCAUGGGCUUUGGGCCGGAGCUGUGGUGCCCACAGGGGCACAGUGCACUGCUGCGGCUGCAGGAUGGGGAGCUGCGCCUCCUGGAGAUGAUGAAGAAGUGGAUGUCACAGCGGGCCAAGAGCGACCGGGAGUAUGCAGGGAUGCUGCACCACAUGUUCUCCCAGCUGGAAAAGCAGGAGGGCGCUUGGCAGCUCCAUGGUGACCAAGGUGGUCAGAUCGAGAAGUCCUGGUGGGUGCUGGUGAGCCAGACAGAGACGCUGAGCCAGAUCCUGCGGCGGCAUGCGGAGGAGCUGGCAGCGGGGCCGCUGGCCAAGCUGAGCCUGCUCAUCCGCGACAAGCAGCAGCUGCGCAAGGCCUUCAGCGAGCGGUGGCAACAGCUCAGCCAGGAGUACAGCCGGGCGACGCAGCAGGAGAUGGAGAAGCUGAAGGCACAGUACCGCAGCCUGGCACGUGACAGCGCCCAGGCCAAGCGCAAGUACCAGGAAGCCAGCAAAGACAAGGAGCGGGACAAGGCGAAGGAGAAGUACGUGCGCAGCCUCUGGAAGCUCCAUGCCCUGCACAACCAGUAUGUGCUGGCUGUACAGGCGGCUGCAUUGCACCAGCAGCACCACUACCAGCGGGUGCUGCCCAGCCUGCAUCAGUCCCUCUACGGUCUGCAGCAGGAGAUGGUCCUCGUCCUAAAGGAGAUCCUCAGGGAGUACUGCAGCAUCAGCAGCCUGGUACAGGAGGAUAUGUUGGCCGUGCACCAGGAGAUUGCCAGUGCCAUCCAGGCCAUCGACCCUGCCACUGAGUACAGCAACUUCAUCCAGAACCACCAGUACGAAUCUGAGGUGCCACCACCUGUGUCCUUUGAUGAGAGCCUGCUGGAGGACACAGAAAACCUGCUGCCAGGGGAGCUGCAGCUGAAUGAGCUGACCCUCGAAAGCGUCCAGCACUGCCUGACAUCGGUUGAGGAGGAGUUGGCGGCCGCCACGGAGGCCGUGAGUAUCAAGGAGCAGCAGACACGGGAGCUGAAGGCAGAGAUCCAUGAUGAGGAGCAGCACGGGAGCCCCGGGGAGCGGGUACACUUGUUGGGCAGGCGGCAGGGGCUGCACGAGGCGCAGCAGCAACUCGAGGGCUGCCUCUGUGCCCAGGCCAAGCUGCAGGUGCAGCGGGACCUACUGGCCAGGAAGCUGGCAGAGCUGGGCACCAGGGAUGCCCUGCCCGCCCUGCCUCUGCCAGAGGAUCGGCAGUCCAUCUCCUCCACGGAGCAGGAGAGGAGCGGGGCCAGUGCACUGGAGACCCUCAAGAACCACAUCACGGGCAUCUUCAGCCCAAAGUACUCGCUGCCACCCCCCGUGCCCCUAAUCCCAGACGUGCAGAAGCCGCUGUGCCAGCAGGUCUGGUACCACGGGGCCAUCCCACGCUCGGAGGUACAGGAGCUGCUGACCUGCAGUGGGGACUUCCUGGUGCGGGAGAGCCAGGGCAAGCAGGAGUACGUGCUCAGCGUGCUGUGGGAUGGGCAGCCCCGGCACUUCAUCAUCCAGGCUGUCAAUGUGAGCCACCACAAGCAGGGGGGAUGGCUGGGGUGGCCUUGCAUGGGCAGGCGCAGGUUUCUGCCCACCACAACCUCUCGGCCUCCCUCCCUGCAGAACAUGUUUCGUCUGGAGGGUGACAGCUUCCCCACCAUUCCGCUGCUCAUCCAGCACCUCCUGCAGAGCCAGCAGCCCAUCACCCGCAAGAGUGGCAUUGUCCUGGCCAGGGCUGUGCCCAAGGACAAAUGGGUGCUCAACCACGAGGACGUGCUGCUGGGGGAAUGCAUUGGUCGGGGUAACUUUGGGGAGGUGUUCAGUGGACGCCUGCGUGCUGACAAUACCCCCGUUGCCGUGAAAUCCUGCCGGGAAACCCUUCCACCUGAGCUCAAGGCCAAGUUCCUGCAGGAAGCCAGGAUUCUCAAGCAGUAUAGGCACCCGAACAUCGUGCGGCUCAUCGGCGUGUGCACGCAGAAACAGCCCAUUUACAUUGUCAUGGAGCUGGUGCAGGGGGGGGACUUCCUGACCUUCCUGCGCAGUGAGGGUCCCCACCUCCGCGUGAAGGAGCUGAUCAAGAUGACGGAGAAUGCUGCCGCCGGCAUGGAGUACCUGGAGAGCAAGCACUGCAUCCACAGGGACCUGGCUGCUCGCAACUGCCUGGUGACGGAGAGGAACACCCUGAAGAUCAGUGAUUUUGGGAUGUCGCGGGAGGAGGAGGAUGGCAUCUAUGCCUCCACAGGGGGGAUGAAGCAAAUCCCUGUCAAGUGGACAGCCCCAGAAGCACUCAAUUAUGGCCGAUACAGCUCAGAGAGUGAUGUCUGGAGCUUCGGGAUCCUGCUGUGGGAAGCCUUCAGCCUGGGUGCUGUCCCCUAUGCCAACCUCACCAACCAGCAGACACGGGAGGCAGUGGAGCAUGGUAUGCGGCUGGACCCUCCUGAGCAGUGCCCUGAGGAGGUGUACCAGCUGAUGCAGCGCUGCUGGGAGUAUGACCCCCACAAGCGACCCAGCUUCAGCACCAUCCACCAGGAUCUCGUUGCCAUCCGCAAGAGGCACCGGUGACAGGGAGCACCAGGGGCCCUGGAUCCAUCCCAUGGCAGUGCCUGGGGGCACAGCAGAGCCCUGUCUUGGCAGCGGGUACUGCAGGGUGACUGUGUGCUGUUUGAGCCCCAGGGCAGGGGCUCCUGCAUGCCCCAGGGUCGGGGCUCCUGCCCGGUUCCAUCUUGUGCAAUAAACACACGAGCUCUGCAGCUGUGUAUCUACAAGCUGCGAGGGGA